AGUGAUGAACGUCCGUGGCGCACUGACGCACCGACUUGAGCACCAAAACAAGGUCUGAGCCGCGCGCACACAGAGGAGUUGACCAUUGUGGAGUACAAUAUCAUGCAAGGAGAGGACGCCUGCUGACGGAGUGAGACACAGCUGUGGAUAUUGGUCUUCCCUCACCUUUGGAUAACUUGGAGAUUGGAAACGCUUCUUCUGGACGCUUUUGACGCACGGCAACAAGGAGCUAUUGAGGACUAAUCGGGAGUGGAGGAUUUAUAGUGUUUCGUGGAAGGGUUUUUUUUAAUACCCUAUUUGUUUACCUCGGCGUCAAUACUUCGGAAUAAGAAGGUUUUGCUGCGUGAGUGGCUGGUGACGCGGCUGCCCUGGAGAAACAAGAAGGAUGGCAGCCUGGUUCACCUUUACCAUCGCAUUUAGCACCACGUUAAUAUCACAGGUAUUUGGAUCCGGAGUUUUUGAGCUGGAUCUCCACGAAUUUAAAAACCACAAAGGUCUGCUUGCAAACGGAGAUGCAUGCAAACCCAACUGCAGGACUUAUUUUAGAAUUUGCUUGAAGAACUAUCAGGCUGUGGUCUCUCCAGGUGACUGCAUCUUUGGAAGUACAAUGACACCAGUGCUGGGGACAAACUCUUUCAGCGCCAAGGACAGUGGCACUUUACCUACACCGAUUCAAAUACCCUUCAACUUUGGCUGGCCGGGGUCCUUUUCAUUAAUAAUUGAAGCCUGGCAUUCACCUUAUGGAAACCUACCUGUAGAAACCAACAACCAAGACGCUUUGAUUAGCCUCUUUACCAUCCAAAGACAACUUGGUGUAGGAACUGACUGGUCUCAGGAUACACUGGCCGAUGUGCAGACAGAGCUGAAGUAUUCGUACCGAUUCAUCUGCAAUGAAAGUUACUACGGAGAAAGUUGUUCCAAAAAGUGCACGCCCAGGGAUGACCGAUUCGGCCACUACACCUGCACCCGUGAUGGACAGCUAUCCUGUCUGCCCGGCUGGAAGGGGAAAUACUGCGAAGAACCUAUCUGUCUGGAGGGUUGCAGCGAGAGGAAUGGAAACUGCACCAAACCUGGCGAGUGUGUAUGCAGAGAUGGCUGGCAGGGCACGUUCUGUGACGAGUGCAGGAAGUACCCGGCCUGCAAGCACGGUACCUGCCAGCUGCCGUGGCAGUGUAACUGUCAGGAGGGCUGGGGAGGCCUAUUAUGUGACCAAGACCUGAACUUCUGCACCCAUCACCAUCCCUGCUUGAAUGGCGCCACUUGCAUGAACACUGGCCAGGGAAGCUAUACGUGUACAUGCUUGCCAGGCUUCACGGGGGUCAAAUGUGAGCUGGAGAUGAAGGAGUGUGACAGCAACCCCUGCAGGAAUGGGGGGACAUGCACAAAUCUGGAGAGCGGCUACAUGUGCACCUGUCCCCAGGGCUUCGAGGGUUCCCACUGUGAGCACAGCCUGCUGACCUGUGCCGACUCCCCCUGCUUCCACAAGGGGAAAUGUAAGGAAAAGGACAACGGGCGCAGCUACAUGUGCGAGUGUCCCAGAGGCUACACCGGGCUCAACUGCGAGAAGAAAGUGGACAAGUGCACGUCGCUUCCCUGCGCUAAUGGAGGUCUGUGUCAGCUCCAUGGUGGCAUCCGUGUGUGCAGCUGCCGCGCAGGGUUUACCGGCCAGCGCUGCGAAAUCAACAUCAACGAGUGUGCUGGAAACCCCUGCCUUAAUGGAGGCACCUGCCAGGACCGAAUCAACGACUACACCUGCAUCUGUCCUGCCGGCUACGGCGGGCGAAACUGCGACCGGAUCCUGAACGAGUGUUCCCUUCGGGCCUGCCUCAACGGGGGUACUUGCAGUGGGGGAGGUGGGCCGGGCAAGUCUCCAGCAACUUGCAGCUGCCCCGCUGGCUUCACUGGACCCCAAUGCGAAUAUUUCGCCGUCACCUCUCCUGUGACCACCGGAGAGAACAAAGAUGGUUUCCAGUGGGCGGCGGUUUCUCUGGCUGUUGGGCUGGUGGCACUACUGGUGGUGCUGUGCAUGGUGGUCUUGGCCUUGAGGCACAUCCACAGGCAAGCCCAGAGGCAGCGAAGAGAAUCAGAGACUAUGAACAACUUGUCCAGCAGUCAGAGGGAUAACCUGAUCCCAGUGUCCCAGCUCAAAAACACCAACCAGAAAAUCAGCCUGGAAGUAGACUGUGACUCAGAGAAAUCAAACUUUAUUCAUAAAAACUAUCACUUGGAGCCUUACAACUCGAAAUCAAAGGAGUUCAAGGACGAAAAGUCACAAGAGGAUAAAAGUCUUAUUUAUGACAAGGGUUUAGACGAUAAAAUGCCUUUGAGUAGAGUGUACAGCGAAAAGCCAGAGUGUAGAAUAUCUACAAUAUGCUCCUCGAGAGACUCCAUGUACCAGUCGGUAUUUGUUAUAGCGGAAGAGAGGAGGGAAUGCGUCAUAGCGACUGAGGUAUAAACUGUGAGUGUCAGAAGGCAAGGGAACGAGGGGGGAGGAGACACAAUCAAGGCAGAAUGUAAAAUUCUGGAUUGUUUACAAAUGCUGAGAAGAGACUGGAGAUCAUUUUAGAUGUUCACUGCUGCUCUGGAACACUUGAGAACUGGAGAGGGCAGAAAAGUCUGCUCUGCAAAAAGGAAAGAAAAACAAAAACAACAACAAAAAGGACAGAAUUGAAAAACUUUGACCGAGUGUUUGUAUGCAACACAUGUACAGUGAAGGACCUCUCUCAGUCGCGACAAUGGUUAAUUGGACUGGCAAAAAAAAUAGACUGACUGCACGAGGUGUGACGACAGCAUCAGUGAAAUUAUUAAACUUCUAACCUUGGCCAUCCUGGACAGUAAAAAAAAAAAAGAGAGAGAGAUAUAGGGUGGAUUGUCGCCCUGUGUAUCUGACCUGGCCUUGUGUGAUAAUCAUGAUGACUUUGACAGCCAACCAAUCAGUAAAAAAGAAAAGGUGCCUAAAAAUUUGACCACUCCAAAUCCGCCCCCCCACCUUUCUCCUUCUUUACAGCCAGCUUCGCCUGCUAUGCAAGACUCAGGGUCUAGACGAGUGAACUCACCCCGUGUCACAAUCCAACCUCACCACCGCUGAGUUCUGAAUGUCUGAAACUAAUCUUCAGCCGUCAAUCACGUGGAAAAAAAGAAAUUUGGGGGGGGUUGGACACGUCAUGCGCAAGGGUGAAGAUCGUAUGCAGCCCAAAUUCACUAGAAGCCUUAAAAAAAAACGGGGUUUGAAUGCUCAGUUGUGUUCCCCUGUCUGUCCUUGGAUCGAUUUGCACUACCAAAAUAAAUAAACAAAAACAAUGGGGGAAAAAAAUACUUUGAAAAUCAACAGAGAUUUGAAGAGAAAACCACAGGAGCGCAACAGUCAGUGCAGUGCCAGCACGAUCCAAGAGAAAGGGAAAAGUUUGCGCAUAGAAAAAAGGUGUUGGGGUUUUUUUUUUUUGUUGUUGUUGUUCUUUUUAAUGCAACUGAAAACAAGAGACUCAAAACGAGAAGAAAAAGACUGUCACACCACUGCCUGCCUAUAAUGAAUUUCAAAAGUACAGAACCAAUAAUGUAAUUUUUUUUAAAUGAGUAUUUCCAGAGUUUUAAUUUAAAUAUGACACACUGCUCUUUAUAUGUUUUAUAAUGUUAUUUUGUAUAUAAUGCAUAUUUAUAAGGACCAAACUUCUGUAGAAUAAAAAAU